AUGCCACCCUGCUUCUACUUCCAAUAUCCAUUAAACUCUGACUCUGAACGCCUGAAGACUUACACCAACACCUCCCUCGUCAUGCUCGCGUGGCUCACCCUCCUCAUAGGUCUGUCCGUCAGCCUCCUGUUUGGCGUGACCACUGCAACAUCUGCCCAGUUCUUGAGCCCUGAGCAGCAGUACAACCGCACCGCGCAUGGCCUGCCAGCCGCUGUGUUCACCAAUUCAGUCCAGAUCACCCUUGCACGUUAUUCGUACGCGGAUUACUACUGGGAUCUGUACCUCGGCCCCUACGGUAUCAAGUUAAAGAUAGGUCUCCCUGAGUGGAACGGCAACGACGACUGCAACUGGGAGACGAAGGGCCACGGUGAUGUUGGUCAACUCAUAUGUGGCGACUGGCUGAUCUACGACUGCGAGCGAGAUGCGAGUUGGGACGAUGGAGCAAUCAACUGCCACGGCUGGUCGGUCCAUCGGGGAUACGCCUGCAACUUCUAG